CCGUCGCCCCGCUCGCUCCGUCCGGAGUCGACUCGCUUCCUGCCCGCCGCCGUCAGCUCGCUGCCUCGGGAGCGUCCAGUCGGACAUUAUGUUUUAAUAUCUUCUUUUGUGUCCUUUUCGCCGACUCAUCCGUUACGGGAAGAUGCACGUGCGACGCCCCCGUCCUCACGCGCCCCCCGGAAGACGGUCCGCUCUGUAAAGUCCGCUUUCUGGUUCUUUUCUUUGGACCGAGGCGGGGAGGCUCAUCUGCCCGCCGCCGCUGCUCCGCGUUCGGGGGAGGGACAAAGCCAGGCGGAUGCUGAACAAACAAACAAACAAACAAACAAAGCAACAAAUAACCACAACGCACCGGGUCGAAUCAUCAUCUGUCGUGAGGAGGUUUUCUUUUGUACAGGGCCAGGUCUAUAUUUAGGGGGAGCGAGAGUUCUGGCUCUCGCUGCGGGGGGAAGGAGGGAGGAAGACCCGCAGAGAAGGAGGGACGUGCAGGGUGGUGUGGACCGGAUGCCAGUGAUGGCCAACGAGCCGAUCAUCCUGAACGUCUACGAUAUGUACUGGAUCAAUGAGUUCACCAGCACUCUGGGAAUCGGCGUCUUUCACUCAGGGAUCGAGCUCUAUGGAAGAGAGUUCGCCUACGGCGGACACCCGUACCCGUUCUCGGGGAUCUUCGAGAUUUCGCCCGGCGACGCGACCGAACUCGGCGAGACAUUUAAGUUCAAAGAAGCCAUCGUCCUGGGCAGCACGGACUUCACGGAGGAGGACGUGGAGCGGAUCGUGGAGGAGAUGGGGAAGGAGUACAAAGGAAACGCCUACCACCUCAUGCACAAGAACUGCAACCACUUCUCCUCGGCACUGUCGGAGAUCCUGUGCGGCAGGGAGACCCCCCGCUGGGUGAACCGCCUGGCCUACUUCAGCUCCUGCGUGCCGUUCCUCCAGAGCUGCCUGCCCAAAGAGUGGCUGACCCCGGCCGCCCUCCAGUCCAGCGUCAGCCAGGAGCUCCACGGAGGAGGAGGGGGGGGGGAGCUGGAGGAGGCGGAGGACGCGGCGGCCUCGGCCUCCCUGGCGUCCAUGUCGCCCUGCUCCCCCUCCUCCUCCAGCCCUUCCUCUUUGCCUCGCUAUUCUCGCCACCAGCCCCGCCGGUAGACGCCUACCGGGGUCCAGGACCACCAGCCCCGCCGGUAGACGCCUACCGGGGUCCAGGACCACCAGCCCCGCCGGUAGACGCCUACCGGGGUCCAGGACCACCAGGCCCGCCGGUAGACGCCUACCGGGGUCCAGGACCACCAGGCCCGCCGGUAGACGCCUACCGGGGUCCAGGACCACCAGCCCCGCCGGUAGACGCCUACCGGGGUCCAGGACCACCAGGCCCCGCCGGUAGACGCCUACCGGGGUCCAGGACCACCAGCCCCGCCGGUAGACGCCUACCGGGGUCCAGGACCACCAGCCCCGCCGGUAGACGCCUACCGGGGUCCAGGACCACCAGGCCCGCCGGUAGACGCCUACCGGGGUCCAGGACCACCAGCCCCGCCGGUAGACGCCUACCGGGGUCCAGGACCACCAGCCCCCCCGGUAGACGCCUACCGGGGUCCAGGACCACCAGGCCCGCCGGUAGACGCCUACCGGGGUCCAGGACCACCAGGCCCGCCGGUAGACGCCUACCGGGGUCCAGGACCACCAGGCCCCCCGGUAGACGCCUACCGGGGUCCAGGACCACCAGGCCCGCCUCCCCCUUCAAGUCCGUCUCACGUCCACCAGCCACGUCCAGAUGUUUCCAGCGGCUACUCGCUGGAUGGUGCUACUCCCCCGUCCGGUUGGGGGAGGGGGGGGAGGGGGGGAGGGGUCCGACCUUCCAACAGCCGGAUUCAACUCGAGUCGUCAGAUGUUCACACGGAAAAUACCGAUUUAUUAUGUGUGACUUUUCUCCAACAGGGAACCGGUCGUCUUGGGGUUCACGUGGAGUUUGAAUCUCGGUCGUCGGUUUCAGCCUUUAAUCUGAAACGCCUCUCAGACUCAAACUGAUCCAGAGCCAGUUGGAGGAACCACAGCUCGGUUCAGCUCACGUCAUCUUUUAAAGGUCCGAUCUGUAUCGACCGGACGGAACCUUGAAAAGUUGUUAUUUAUUCAUUUAUAUGUUUAAAUUAAAGGAGCCUUUUGUUACCAG